GUGUGUGUGUGUGUGUGUGUGUGUGUGUGUGUGUGUGUGUGUUGGUAUAUGUGGUUUGGAAGGACAUUGUACCUGACAUUUCACCUGGGCUCCGCGGACCUAGUGGGAUUAGGCGGACUAUGCCAAGGUCCGCCUAAUUCAAAGAGUGUAUAAGCAUUUGUUAGUGUCUAACUAACAUAUAUUCUCAUUUUCUUUGAAAGUCCUUUUUUACCACUUGACCUGAUUUUGAGUGUAUCCCAGUGUAUAGCACAGCGGACCCCAUCGGUGGGUCGUAGAUUGCAGUUUCUUACACAUUUCUGAUACACAAGUGCAAUUUGCGCGCGCUGUGUUGUGAUUGGGUGGUUGACCUAUGUGGGCGGGGCAUACAGCCAGACGAGUCGACGCUACUCCUGACCACGUUUCGGCUGUCGCCUUUUAAAAAUUAAAUGUACCUGGAGAACAACAACAUGGCGUAACUGAUGAAGCCUACUGGGACAGCGCUGUACACGACGCAAAACAUGCAGAGGAGAAGACGUGUUAACCCAAAGGAAGAUGCAACAUUUUAUAUUACUGCUGGAAGGGACAAAGUGGCACUUGACAUCAAAUACAUCAAUGCCAUCAAAGGUCGUGGUAUCUUCACCUCUGCUCCAUUUGAAAAAGGAGACUUUCUGGUGGAAUACAGAGGUGAACUGAUAACCAAGCAAGAAUGUGAGAGGAGACAGAGAGUCUACCAUGACCACCUCAAAGUCUUUAUGUUUGAGUUCCAUUUCAAUGGAAAACUGUGGUGUGUUGAUGCAUCGACUGAGGAUGGGUCAUUUGGAAGAGUGGUAAAUGAUGACCAUUUAAACCCUAAUGCCAGGAUGAAGUACUUUACCGUAAAAGGGAAGCCCCAUCUGUGCUUAUUUGCAGUAAGAGACAUAGGUCCAGGAGAGGAGAUCACCUACAAUUAUGGUGACUCAAACUGGCCAUGGAGAUGCAAGAAUCCUGGCAAGUCUUUGGAGACGAUAAAUGGUGAGGGACCACCCACAUCAAAGCCUUGUACAAGUGAAAAAGAUGUUGACGAGGACACGUCUCAGAGGGGUUGUGAAGCCACAAAUUGCCCUUCGUCAAGUGAAGAUGUUGAAGAGAUGAUGGCUGAGGGCAGCCCGAACAAGCUGGCUGCGAGUUCCAUGAAUCUGCCGAGUCCUCUUCUGGAUCCACUUGGCAAGGUUGAAAAGUUUGUUGACGAGGACACGUCUCAGAGGGGUUGUGAAGCCACAAAUUGCCCUUCGUCAAGUGAAGAUGUUGAAGAGAUGAUGGCUGAGGGCAGCCCGAACAAGCUGGCUGCGAUUUCCAUGAAUCUGCCAAGUCCAGUUCUGGAUCCACUUGGCAAGGUUGAAAAGUAUGUUGACGAGGACACGUCUCAGAGGGGUUGUGAAGCCACAAAUUGCCCUUCGUCAAGUGAAGAUGUUGAAGAGAUGAUGGCUGAGGGCAGCCCGAACUUGCUGGCUGCGAGUUCCAUGAAUCUGCCAAGUCCAGUUCUGGAUCCACUUGGCAAGGUUGAAAAGUAUGUUGACGAGGACACGUCUCAGAGGGGUUGUGAAGCCACAAAUUGCCCUUCGUCAAGUGAAGAUGUUGAAGAGAUGAUGGCUGAGGGCAGCCCGAACAAGCUGGCUGCGAUUUACUGGAAUCUGCCAAGUCCAGUUCUGGGUCCACUUGGCAAGAUUGAAAAGUUGACCACUGAGACUAACCAAAAUCAGCUCACGAGUCCAAAUGAGACUGAUACAGUUUUCAACAGUGAAAAGUGUUGCAAACAUCGCCUGGUGUGCACAACAGUCUCCUCUUUGGACAGAUGCGUUCAGUGUGUGGGACCAGUAUCUGCCUUCAAGUGGCUUGGCUAUCGCUGCAGAGUUUGUUCCGGGGUCUGGCAUAAAUCCUGCCUCAGACAAAUAACAACUGAUUACAUCCAAGACCCAUCACAGCAGCAAAAGUUCCCUAGGUCUUCUGGGGAUGAACUGCUUUCAGAUGAAGACGACCUUCCACAUUCAGAACUGAACCAAAUAUUGGAUGAUGAUGAUUACGUAUCCGAUAUGGACUACGUACCCAACUCAGACUCACACGAUGAUGACGAUGACUAUUCAGAUGCAAGCAUACACUUGAUGCCAAGACUGUUGAAAGCUACACAAAUUCAAGAGAAAGUGGUAAAACCCGAUGUUGGAACAUCUGAUGCCUCAGACACAAACAUCCUAGUUGUGCCCAGCACUUCAAAACAUCCACCUCUUGAAGAUCCCAUGGAAGUCGCAUCUGAUUCAGGAAAUUCCAUCAAAGACUCAUCAAGGGAUCCAGAGGGUAAAGGUGAACUUCAUGAACAAGACUUGCCACAUCUCAUUUUUAGUAAAAAAAAUUACUGUUACAUUUGUGGUAAGCCACAAAGCAAGAUCUCCCGCCAUUUGAGAACACACAAGACACAUGCUGAAGUUGUACGUGCAUUUUCCCUUCCAGAAGACUCAAAAGAGCGCAAGACAAUAUUAGAAAAAAUGAGGAAUAAGGGAAAUUUUCAACACAACACUGAAGUUUUACAAGGUGGAACAGGACCAGUCAAAGUGAAAAGGAAACCAAAAGCUAAAUCACAACCAGGAAAGUUCAUUCACUGUAUGCACUGUCAAGGGAUGUACAUUCGUAAGGAGCUUUGGAGACAUGUCCGCAGAUGCCCCUUUAAGCCAGAAAACCAAGAUUUGGAUAAAGAACCUGGGAGAACUAAAGUGCUGGCUUUGGCUGCAGCUCACGAGUCUGCAUUCUCUCAGCAGAUCUCAAGUGGAGUGUGGAAGCUCCUUGGUGUCAUGAAACAGGAUGAGAUUGCCUCCAUUGUGCGAAAUGACCUAUCUAUUAUUCAGUUUGCCCAGUCGCUCUACAACAAACACGGACAAGACCCUACAAAACAUGAGUACCUGCGACAGAAGCUGCGUGAAGUGGGGCGUUUGUUGUUAUGUCUGCGCACAGAUUUCUCAGUACAAAACUUAGAGGAAGCUGUUAAACCUGCUAACUUCCAGAGAGUUGUGCAAGCAGUAAAGAAAGUUGCAGGUUUUGAUGAAGAAAAAGCCUCAUACCUUACACCAAGCCUUGCGCUGAAACUGGGACAUGCACUACAGAAAAUCUGUGACAUUGUUCAUUGUAGGGCACUCAUGGCAGAAGAUCAAGAACUGAUCAGGUCCACUGAAAUAUUCAAGAAGUUGCAAAUGUCCAAGUGGUCUGAGUUGGUGUCUCAUAGAGCCCUGAACACACUGAGUGAUGCAAAAUACAACAAGCCAUCAACAUUGCCCUUCACAGAAGAUGUUCAGACCCUUCAUCGCUACCUUGACAAAUCUGCAGAAAGUUCAUUUUGCAACUUGAAGGAGACAGCUACCACUCAGAACUAUGCUCAACUUGCAAAAGUCACUCUUGCACAAAUCAUUGUGUUCAAUCGAAGACGUGCUGGGGAGGUUUCAAAAAUGCGUCUCAAAAGUUUUCAUGAAAGAGACAACACAAAGCUCCAUGACGAUGUGGCCAUGGGUUUGUCAAAGACUGAGAAGAGACUCUGCAACUAUUUUAGCCGAAUCGAAAUAAUGGGAAAAAGAGGCAGAAAGGUUGCAGUUCUGCUCACACCAAGAAUGGUUGAUGCCCUGUCACUUCUUGUCAGUAACAGAGCUGAAUGUGAUGUUUGUGCCACAAAUGUCUUCCUGUUUGCAAGACCCAAAUCAAUGAGCUACUACAGAGGACAGGACUGUUUACGUGUUCAUGCAAGUCAGUGUGGAGCAAAGCACCCUGAGUACCUUAGGUCAACACAUCUCAGGAAACAUGUUGCUACACUCUCGCAGGUCCUUAAUUUAAAAAACAAUGAACUUGAUCAGGUUGCAGAUUUCUUGGGUCACGACAUCCGUGUUCACCGCGAUUUCUACAGAUUACCAGUUCCCACAACUCAACUGGCCAAGAUUUCCAAACUGCUUUUGUCAAUGGAAAAAGGAGAUCUUUCCAGCAUGCAGGGGAGAUCACUGGAUGAGAUUGAAAUUGAAGAAAUCGCGGUAAGUGAUGCUGAGGCCAAGGACAGGGAAAGUGAGCCUGAGAGUGAUGAAGCAGGGUGUGGAACCAGCAAACCUGUGGAUGAUGCAGACUCAACAUUCACAGCUGCGGAAAUGGUGUCAGCGGUGUCAUCCACAGUAAUCGAGACUGCCCCUCCAUCUGAAGGAAAAGUUGACCAUCGCGAAGCUGGGGCCAGAAGAUUGUGUCCGAAGAGAGUGUGGAUUAAGGCUGAGGUUGCUGCAGUGAUGCGCUAUUUCAGCAAGCAAAUAAAAGAAGGAAAACUGGCCACCAAAGCUGAGUGCAGUCACUGCAAGGAGGUAGAGGGGCCCGUGUUGGCAGAGAGAACUGUCCAAAAUAUUAGGGACUUUGUCAGAAACAGAGGGAGGGCUGCAAAAAGGCAGCAACAAAAACUGUAAACUGUAAAAACUGUGUGUGGGGGUGAGGGGUCGGGGGGGUUUUUUGUUAGAAGCAGGAAAGCUAAUGGUUCUUGUGCAGUUAUGCCAAUAUACAGUUAAAAUAAUAUGAAGCUACAGUGAUCUCUUUUGUUAUAAUUUAUAAUUUUUUUUAAUGUUUUCGUUAUGCUGAUAUGUUAAACUUUCACGUCUUCACACACAAGCUGGGAACCCAGAGCAAUUCUCUUUUGUUUUAAUUUAUUUAUUUUUUGUUGAGGGCAACAAAAAGUUAGAAAAAAAAACUGUUAACCCACAAUGUGUGGGGGUGAGGGGUCUGGUUUUUUAGCUAAUGUAGCUAUAAAAAAAGUUGCCAAUAUACAGUUAAAAUAAGCUGUGAAGCUACAGUGAUCUCUUUUGUUUUAAUUAAUUUAUUUUUAUUUGUGGAUAUUCUGAUGUGUUAAUCUUGGAUGACAUAUUUUCAAAGUUGUGUGGAAUGACAGUUCUAACAUUUACAAUUUAAAUGCAAUAGUUUAAAAUGUCAAGACUCAA